CGCUGGCCCUCUUCUUUCCCCUUACGACGCCACCCUCGCCGCUGUAGCCCCUUCCUCCGUUUAUUCCCUCGACCCCCCCUCCCCCCCCCCUCCUCGCGCCGUCGACGACGCCUGGAAUUGCUGCCGCAAAAGGAUGUUGGGGUUACCCUCGAGGGCGUGGGAAAAACCUGCUGUGGGAAAGAGUGGGUGGCCUCAAACUAACGGCUAUAAGAGUAGUAGACACCACUCUACUCACUCCAUAAACUCCAAUACCAAUUGCAUGAUCGCCGUCUCGCUACAUUCUUCAUAAUUAUCAUAAUGAUGAGCAGAACAAUGAUGAUGAUGAUGAUGAUGAUGAUGAUGAUGAUGACCAAUUUGAAUAGAAUAUUCUAAUCUUAAAUUGUCAUGAUUUUCUUUUUGUUCAUAAAUUUUUAUCAUGUAAAUGAGGGUAUACCACUCAUGCAUUAUACUCGUUGAUUAAAUUAUCAUCAUAAUUGGUUAAUUAAUCAACGAUACAUAAUUUAUGCAUGUUAUCAACAUGGCAUGUGUAUAAAAAUGCAAUGAAAUUAAAAUUCUUUUCCGUUAGCUCUCCCUUCCUGGAACGAUUCUCUAAAUGUCCAGUAUUUAAAAAUUUACAUUUCAUAAAUAUACAUAUAUAAUUUACUCUUGGGCAUGAGAAAUGGAGCACAGUUGAAUGCCAAAACGUCAAAAGCAGCAGUAACUGCGAUACAACGCGAGAUAGCAGAAAAAAUAAAAAAGUAACACACAUCUUUAGCAGAAGCUUGCUAGCAGAAGACGCGGGUCAAAACAAUAUGUUGUUCCCAUAUUGUUCCAUAUUGUGCGCCAGGAGUGCGGUUCUCAUCGAUACGUAUGUAACAUCAUUAUCACUUACGUAGAUAGUUUACUAAACCUGUAGUGCGAGUAUUGCUGAUAAUUGUGAUCACAACAAUGGUUUUCUUCUGUAAUAAUUUACCAUGGGUGUCCACGGUUUAUGGAGACUCUUGGAUGCAACUGGGAAGCCAGUAGCUCUGGAAACAUUAGAGGGAAAAGUCCUUGGUGUCGAUGUUUCUAUUUGGCUACACCAAGUGAUGCAGGGAUAUCAGGAUGGACGGGGAAACCCCUUGCCCAAUGCUCAUCUACUUGGAUUAUUUAACCGAAUAUGUAAGCUACUUUAUUACAAGAUCAAGCCUGUCUUUGUGUUCGACGGAGGUGUGCCACUGCUAAAAAAAAACACAAUUGCUUCUCGAAAAAAACAGAAAUAUACGGCUGCGAAUAAGGCACAGAGAACGAAGACAGAUUUAAUUAACAAUUUAUUGAAACGUACUGUGGUCAAAGGAGCACUCGGGGUUGGAAAUGUAGAAAAACAGGAGGAGGUUGCAGAAGGUAGUUCCAUGCUUCAGGUGGAUAGAUCCUCUGUUCGUACAUCCCUAGAUCUGUUCAAACUGCCUGCAAUUCCUAGCAGUAGUGGAGCACCACUCUUCGAUGAUGAAGACGAUCUGAGUUCAGAUACAGAUUCCUCUGUUUUGCUGAGUCCUAGAAAACAAGCAAAAUGGAUCGGAAAUAUACAUUCCGUCAAUGUUAGUAGCUCUGAGUUUAGGGCACUGCCACCAGAUGUUCGUCAUGACAUAUUGACUGAUCUAAAGGCUACUAGGAAAGAAAAUUCGUGGGGCCGCCUCCAUGAAAUGCCUGAGGAAUCUCAUGACUUCUCAAACUACCAAAUGAAACGUUUGCUCAAACGAAGAAACGUCCAGGAAUGCUUAGAAGAAGCGGAGAAAGAGAUGGGUGGGAAAACAAUGACUCUUGAGGAAUUGGACACUCUUCUAACUGAGCAGGGAAUCUCAACAACUACAAAAGAUAAUGCUAGUCGUAUCGCUGCUGAUGAUGCGACAAGAUUUGUGUACAUCCAAGGCGAGAAGAAAGAAGUUCUACAGAAACAAGUUCGACACAUUUCUAGUACAGAUUUUGGAGAAAAUGAGAAUGGUGACCACGACAAAGAAGUAAAGAUAUUUGAAAACCUAAGAGAAUAUGACCUGUACGAUGAUUGGGAGGAUGAUUGGGAAUCGGGUCACGAGCAAGAAGUAACAGUAAUGAAAAGAGAAAAAUUUCAAAAGCUCAUGUGCCCAGCUGACGUUAAUCCUGCGAUAGCCUACAUGUUGGAACACAGCGGUUUGAAGCAGGAAGAAAUUUUAUGCAUUAUCGAACAGAAUAAAAACAAAAAAAAAGAAUCUGAUAAUCGAGAUUCGAGAUCAAGAUCUAGUAUGCUACAAGAAAAUAUCUCGAAUGAUUCUGAAAUUGCCAUUAAAUCUGGGGUCUGUAAUACCAACAGUGACGUUUCAACGCUGAACAAAGUACAAAGUAGUCCAUCCGUAAAUUCCCCGGUUACUGUCUUGAAAAUUGAUUCUAGUGCUUGUGUAAAAUCAAAUCUGGUUUCCAAUAAGGACGGCCUUUCAGAGGAUAAAUCAGACAAUAUAAAAAUCAUUCCGGAGGUUUUGACUAAAAUUGAAACACCUGCCAAUGAUUUAAGAGCCGAAGUGUCAGUGAAAGAGAAGUCGUCUUUGGCUAAUAAGGUCAUUGAGAAGGUUCCUGCUAACAACAAAACAUCUGCCAAUGAUAUAAGAAUCGAGGUCCCGAAGGCAGGAAAGUCACCUUUGUCCCCAAUGUCAGACUCUGAUUCCGAUGACUUUGUGGAAGUUGGAGAGACAUCACCCCCAAUUGAAACUUGUCUAGUUAAAAAAGAAGAGGAGCAGUCUCUAGAAAUAGCUAUUGUACCUGAAUUGGUAUUAAAAGAGGAUAUGUUUGCCGAUGUUUUUGCUAACAACGAUGCAUUGGCUGUUACUGAAUUGCCUGUGACUCCAGAGAAAGCUGAAUAUAAAAUAGAAAAAAAGAAAAUUGCAGAAUUAUCUCCUAAGCAAUCUGAAAAGAAUCAAGUCCAUUGCAUUAAACCUGAAGGAUUUUUGGUCAAAAAUUUUACAGAGGAGGCAAAAAUUGAAGGAGAAAGAGAGAAAGAAAUCAUGAAUAUUCCGGUACAGCGGGAUGAAUUACUGUCCAUGCAAGCUGAGUUGGAGAACGAAGAAAGAGAACUGAGUGGAAAUCUUGGCCGACUAGAGCGACAAGCUACAGAUAUCACAGACCAAAUGCGCUUGGAAGCUCAGGAGCUACUCCGAUUUUUUGGCAUUCCGUAUGUGAUAGCUCCCAUGGAGGCCGAGGCCCAGUGUGCUUAUUUAGAAACCAUAAAUUUGACAGAUGGCACGAUUACGGAUGAUUCUGAUAUUUGGCUAUUUGGAGGACGUUGUGUCUACAAAAAUUUUUUUAAUCACAACAAACACGUUCUUCAAUUCCGUUCUGUCGACAUCCGACAUCACUUCAAGCUUAAUAGGGAGCAAAUGAUUCAGUUAGCACUUCUUGUCGGCAGCGAUUAUACCAUUGGCGUUACUGGAAUUGGCCCAGUCACCGCACUGGAAAUUCUUGGAGCUUUUCCUGCAGAACAAAGUAACCUAUUACGUGGCUUGAAUAAUUUUCGCUGCUGGAUCAACUCUGGCAGGCCAGUGAGCCCUGGUAAAGCAGCUCUCCGUACAAAACUCAAGAAUAUACGUGUGGAAAAAGGAUUUCCCAGCGAAGCUGUUGCACAAGCAUACCUCACCCCAACAGUUGACGAAUCGAAAGAAGGGUUCACAUGGAAUAAGCCAAAUGCAACGCUUCUCGCCGACUUUACCAACGAGAAAUUCGGAUGGUCAAAAAACAAAUUUGACAUCAUAUUCAAUCCGAUCAAAAAACGACUGACGGAACCGAAGAAGCAGAAGGGUAUCGACUCAUAUUUCGGGGUGAGAGUCUCGCAAAAAUCCAUCGAGGGAACGUUGAGUAAACGUGUACAAAAAGCUGUUGAACGACUGGGAGAUGAUCGAACGGAUUUCGACAUUGAUGUUGGGGUCCCCGCAAACCUACGGCAAAAGAAAAGCAAAGCAAAGAAAUCAGCAGUUGUGAGCGAGUUGGCAGUUGAACAUGAAUUGGAAACAGCGGCCGACACAAAACUUACAGAUGUCUUCACGGAAACGCCUUGUCCUUUGAAACCACCGGUCGCUGUCACCUCUGAGUUUAUACCACAAAGAGAAAAGGAUAAGCUGAACGCCUUGAAAAGGAAACUUGAGGCUAUAGAGGUAUUUAGAAAAUCUAAAAAAGGUCCGGGAUAUACCAAGAGGGUAAAGCGGUCCAGUUGCAAAAUCAAAGCGCAGGCCGAACUAUCAGAAAGCAGUGACAGCUCAUAGCAAGUAAGAUUCACGGCCUUCGUUAGUUCAUCAGGUACUCUUAAGAGUGGCAUGCUUUAAUUUUCAUAAUAAUUUCAGUGUCAGAAAUUAAAAUAUAUUUUUUGCCCAUACGUUAAGUUAUUUUCACCAUAAUUAUUAUUUCUCGUGUACAAAUACCAUUAUCAUAUAAUUCAAUACGUAAUCUUUUUCCAUAAAUAUAUGUAUGUACAGAAACUGUAAGUCAAUUAUUCGAACGAGUUCACAUUUUCUGGAAUCUUUCCUCAACGCAAAAUUUUGCCGCUCGUUUUGAUUGUGCCGUAGUAAUGAAAAAUUUGUAUCAAGCGGACAUCCGAGACAAGGUGUACGGAACUAAUGAGGAGCAAAUGAGGAGUUUUCACCAUUUUCGCCAACCAGUCUAUCACAAUAAUUUUGCCAUCGUCAACGACUGAAAGGAGCAGUUAGAGCAUGAGACAUUAGAUAGAGAUCACCUUCAGUCAUCGCAUCCAGCUCGUCUGCUCCAUGGUUUUAUAACUGUAAAUUUGCAAUCCUAUACAAGUAAUUCGUAUUAGUACUAUUUCCGAAAUAACGAUAAGAAGUGUAUCUAUUGUUGGUUUUUGGAUUUACUUUGCGCGAAACUUUAUGUGAAGUCUCUUCACUCUUGAUUUUUUCAAUAAAACUUGAUCUGUUCUCGACUUACAUCAAGAUCGGAAUUUCUACAGCGUCAUGGCGUGAAUUCCAAUAAAACCAGAUUUACAAGUGUUUAGACAUCACUUCGUGUAUUUUGUAGAGAAAAAAAAUACAUGUUGUCACAUUUAACAUAACACCAGUGUAUUUUGUUUCACAACUGGGAUACAUAAUAUUACAAUGGUGCAUAAUAAAAUUCUAUACAUAUUUUCUUCUAUCUAAAAAAUAAACCACUUCUUAAUUAUCUCCAUCACCGUUGUUCACAAUGGACCGAAAAUACACCUGUUUCAAAUUAUUCUUACUUCAGGUGAUGACGCUAUUCAUUUUUAGAAUCUAAUGCGACACCUCGGCUACGGUGAAUGGCAAAAUGGAUAAAAUUAUAUGUAUAAAAAACAAGAGCAAGAUAAUAAGCUGUUCAUGCAUAGUAUUUUAGAACUGUCGUUUAAUUCGUCAAAAGCUACGUCCGUUCAAAUUUGAAGUUUCUUGCAGUUUUUGUACAGAAAAAAAGUUAAAUACCAGCUGACAGCUUGAAUCUCUUUGAAAGCAUAAACCAAUCUAUAAUUAUAUCUCUUUCUCUCUUUUUUUUUUUUUUUUUUUCUGCUUUGUUAA